AUGAAUGUAUGUGCUGGUAUUGUUUUGCCGUCGAUUGUCUUAUGUUGUGUCCUCACCCACAGGAAACAAAAGCCGUUGAAGUCUCAGCCGCGAGAUUUGGAAAUGGGUAAAACGGGAACAAAAGAUGGAGGCCUUGUUGUUCUGACAAGGAAUGUUUCCACUACAGCUGCGGUAGCUGCAGCUGUAACGACCGUAGAUUCUGCCGGUGAUGUCGAUUAUAACGGUUCUUAUUGUGGAGGCGGUUGUGGAGGCUGUACGUGGUGGCUGUGGAGGUUAAGGGCUUCCUUAUAG